AUAGUAAACUGACCGACAGACAGAACCAUGUGUUUUUAUCUUUAUUUUUAAAAUUUUUAUUUUCAGUUUUUUCUUUCGUUAUUUGUUUCAGUGAAUUUCUUUUUUCUUUUUACUGUAUAACAUACUGUAAUGUGAAAUGUGAAAUUAAGGAGAGAGAGUGUGUGUGCGUGCAGAAAGACGAGAGAUUCCUACCCACUUGCCUGCCAAUUGCUACGAGUGUCAUGGGUCCAUAUUUGUUUGCUUGUUGAUCUUAAAAUAAAGAAGAAAUAGAAACUAAAAACGUGGAGUUUUAGUGUCUUUACUUGUUCACAUCAGUACAGUACCACUUGCUUUCUGUUCAUUUUGAGCUUCAAGUUGGGUUCUUUUUGUUUGUGGCUUCAAUUACUGAAAGGUAGAGAAUUUGGAGUUGGCUUUGCUAUUCUUUCAGAAAUCUUUUUGUUUGGAGUUAGUUUUGCAGUUCUAGAAAUGGGUUACUGCUAAGAUGCACUUAAUAUAGAAGUCCAAUUAAAUAUUGGGGCUGAAGGGUUCAAGAUUAGGGGCUUUGGUUGUUUGCCUGUUUUGGAAGGAGGGAUUUCCUUCUGGAAGGGAGAAAUUGAGAAAGAAAUUUGUUUAUGUUUAUGAUCGAUAGAGGGAUAAUUCUAUUGAAGUAUUAGAAGUUUCAUUAAAACUCUUUGGUUUGUGUAGGUGGACUUAGUAGCCACAUUUGCCGGAAGCUAGCAUGGUGGUUUCAGCGUCUUUUUCUAGUACCUGAGAUUCUGGGUUUGUGAGAUGUUUGAUGGGAGUUUGAUAAUGUCCUUCCACUCAUUGAAUUAUCCAUCUCAUAGAUUUAACAAUGUAAAUACACAUAAAACCUCGUAUAAAGCAAGGUCGAACCUAGUUCAGGCUGUACCUCCGUCAUCAGUUAUCCUGCACACAGAUGAGAGUGGCAGAUUUCGUGGAUCUAAGAAGAGUUCUGGUUCAACAAGUGAUUCUUCUGAUUUGUUGCUUAAUCAAGCAAAUACAGUAGGUAUAAUAGGAGGGACAUCAGUGAACUGUGCUUUGAAUUUUUUGAAAAAACUAGUCCAGUGGAGUUCAGAAGAUGGGAAAGAUUCCCUUCCAUUUGUUCUCUGCUCCGAUCCAGUAUUAAAUAAGGAGCUUUUAUCACAUGAAAGAGAUUUUUUUCCUUCAAUUGGUAGGCAGAAGGAAUAUUCUAAAUUGGAUCACGCUCAAAUUGUGGAGAAUCUAAGGAGUAAAAGGGUUUUUCUCGAGAGAUCAGGAGCUCGCUGCAUAGUAAUGCCUUGUCAUAUUUCGCAUUCAUGGCAUGAACAGGUUUCAAAAGGAUGUUCUAUUCACUUUCUUCACAUGGGUGAAUGUGUUGCUAGGGAGCUUAAGGAAGCUAAGCUGAAGCCUCUGGAGGCUGGGAGCCCUUUACGGAUUGGGGUGUUAGCGGCCAAUGCCACAUUGACUGCAGGAUUCUAUCAAGAGAAGCUGCAGAGUGAGGGAUUUGAGGUUGUGUUGCCAGAUAAAGCAACCAUGGAACAUACCAUCAUUCCUGCAAUUGGAGCUUUAAACAGAAAAGACAUGGAAGGGGCCAGGAAUUUACUGAGAAUAGCACUCCAGGUUCUUCUGGUUAGAGCAGUGAACACUGUUAUCCUAGCCUCUGAUGAUAUGCGUGAUCUUUUGCCUCAGAAUGAUCCUCUUCUCAAGAAAUGUAUCGAUCCAAUGGAUGCUUUGGUUCGUGCAACUAUCAAGUGGGCAAAAGCUGCUGAGAAAGAUACAUAAUUGAUACAGAACAUGUGUAUUCUGAUUUUCAUGCUUCUCCAUUGAUACAAAAAUUUGCGGCUAUUAUUUUAGAAAUGAUCUACAAUUGUCGUCUUGCUAGGCGAAUGAAUCUAUUUAAAAUUGUUCCCUAGUAUCCUGUAUUAUACGUCAAAUACAUAUUUUUAUCAUUGAAAUUGUAUUGCACUUGUAUUAGAAAAGUGCUUAACAGGUACUGUAGAAAUUGAAAAUACAAAACGAAGCUUAUUUAGUUCUUGAUGAAGCCAAUAAAAAUGGAGUUCAUCAUUCAAAUUA